GUAUUUCAUCUUUAAAGCAUAUAAAGCAUUAAACCUCCAACAGGUAAAUCGUGUUGCGAGACGGCAGGAAGCGUGUUACGGUGGAGUUUAAUUACUCGAGUUCAUUAACUAAGGUUUACAAUCUCGUGUUCAGUGACUAGCAAUGAAGAGCAAUAAGUAUCUUUCGGUGCCCGAUGACCACUACACUGCUGCAAUUGACUUUUCCAAUGCAUGCAGGGAGUUUUAUAUCAACAGAGUGAGAGCAACUGAAAGUUUUAAAGAACAAAUGAGGGAGGAAGAAAAAACUAAAGAGGCGCCUUCACCGCAGAGAAAAAAGUCUUCCAUAGACAUUGCAAUGGAAACGCUACGGAAAGAAAUGGCCUCUCUAAUGGACCAAGAUCUGUGUUUGAUGAAACAGUUACUGACUUUGAACGAGACGAUAGAAGACAUUAAAACGAGGAGAUUGUACAGUGGAAGCCAAAACUCACUCAAGGCGAGCUCUGUCAAUUUUGGCGGCAGCGAGGAUUCAUUGUCUGAGACGGACAUGUACGCCCCGGACGAUGGGGUGCUGGAUUUGAAAGAACCAACCCUCCCUUUACCGAAAAUUCGAAUCGAAUCAACGGAUCCCGUAAAAUCCUGUGACAAUGACUUGGGCAAAUGUGUUCAAAAUUCAAAAUUCGUAGACACUCAGAUGUUAGUGAACGGGAAAGCAGUUCAUGUUGUGCACGGGGUGCAGAGGUCCGUGGACUCGGGGUACGGUGAUUGUGACUUAGUGUACCAGAAGGACAUUGAAGUAACUCUGUAACAGUACGCAGUGUCCUGUAUACUGAAUGUCACGACCCGUCCCAGACACAUUACAGUAAUACAAUUAUGUAAUGCUUCCAUAAUCCGCAUGACAGAAAAUUAUCUCACCGGCCAGAACGUUCCACUUCACAGACGAAAUGUCAAAGUCCUCUAUUAAUAUCAUAUUCCAAAGUGGGAAUAUUUGUGGACUUUUGUCAUCCUUCGGAUUUAAUCAGAGUGAGCAGAAAAAAAAAUCCAUAGAUAUGACUGUGUCCGCUGUGAACUGGGAAUAACUGUGCUCUGAGUGAUUCAUCAAUAUUCAUAAAGCCUGCGCCAGUAUUAUUAAAUCUAGUCAUCUCAUUCAUGCCAAAAACUGAAUUCUUAAUAAAAGUCGUAAUUAAA